GAGAGAGAGAGAGAGAGAUAUGAGGGAGUGUAUAUAUCUAUGUUUGAUUGCUUCAUGUUUGAUGGCAGUUUCUAUGUCUCUUCCUUUCAUCGUCCUUCAUGGGUUAGGAGACAAUUGUUCCAAUGGAAAUGUAGAGACCCUCCGGCGAGACCUCGCCGACCUCUCCAAAUCUCAGGGUUUUUGUCUGGAAAUUGGAAGUGGAUCAAAUGAUUCUUGGCUGAAGCCCCUAACAGAGCAGGUGCAAAUUGCAUGUGAUAAGGUGAAGCAAAUGGCAGAACUAAAGGACGGUUACAACAUUGUUGGGCAAUCCCAGGGUAACAUGGUAGCGCGAGGUCUUGUGCAAGAAUGUGAUGGAGGGCCAGCGGUCAGAAAUUAUGUAUCUUUGGCGGGACCUCAUGCUGGGGUUGCUUCAGUACCAAAUUGUGGCAACAAGGAACUUUGUAAAAUAUUGGCCUGGCUAAUCCGUGCCGACGUCUACUUGGACUUCGUUCAGGAUCACCUUGCUCCCAGUGGCUAUGUUAAAAUCCCUAAUGACACUUCUACGUACUUGAAAAAAAGCAAGUUUCUCCCAAUUUUGAAUAACGAACGGCCUGAAUCAAAAAAUUCGGUUUACAAACAACGAUUCACCAGCUUGCAGAACCUUAUUCUAAUCAUGUUUGAGAAUGAUACCGUUUUGUUCCCGAAGGAGACCUCUUGGUUUGGAUUUUAUCCCGAUGGGGGCUUCAAUCCUGUUUUGCCUCCUCAACAGACCUUACUUUAUAUCGAGGAUUGGAUUGGUUUGAAGACAUUGGACGGCGCGGGAAAGGUGAAAUACAUUAGGGUACCAGGAGGUCACCUCCAAAUAUCUCGAGACGAUUUGAUCAAGUACGUUGUUCCUUAUGUAACUGCUUGACAGCCCAAUGGAGAGAAAUGAUGUUCUUGUUAAGGUUCUAGAGCAAAUAUCUUCUAUAUGAAACUAUAUAUGUUGAAGACAUGUAUAACUUACAUUUUGCUCUAUGCUAUUUGAAAUGUUCAUCUUCAUAAUAGAUAUUACAAUCAUAAUAUUGGAUUAAACAAGUUAGGACA